UAUUUUUGGAAAACAUAAAAAACACCUCAAAUUUAACUGUCUUUUUAGUCAAUAUUUUAAAACAACUACCCCCUUCAUUUUCUCUUCUAUUUAAACACCAUUUCUUUCACUUCACAAACCCAGAAAAACUUUCUACAUACUUCUUUUGUAUUAUAACAAAAACAGAGAGAAAAAAGUUGGAAAAAAACAGGGUAAAAAAGAAAAAAACAGGGGAUUUUUACCAAUUGAUGGCCAUCCGAGUUACACAAAAGCUUUUUCAAAGAUUUAGCCAAAUUACAAGGCCUUUGAGUUCAUCUAAUUCAAGUAUACCCGUUUUACCAUUGAAUUUCGAUGAAAAACCCGAUUCUUUUGUUGUAAAACAACCCGAAAACGAGAUUUUAAAUGGUUCAAUUGUGAAUUUUGAUGAUACCCAGAAAUUGUUUUCAACGUUUUCUACCACAAAAUUGAUAAGAUCAGUGUUUAAUUUGAAUAUGGCAUCAAUUGAUCCGGUUGUUGAUAUGGGUAUUUGGGUUAUGAGAUCAAAAUUGCUUGAAGUUCCUGUUUUUCGUCAAGCAAUUUUAGGGUCAGUUAAACAUAGUUUUUAUGAACAAUUUGUUGCUGGAAAAGAUUUAAUUGAAACAAGUCAGACGGUUCAAAAAAUUUAUGAUGCUGGAUUAAGAGGAAUGUUGGUUUAUGGGUUAGAACAUGCUUAUGAUAAUGAAUCUUGUGAUCAAAAUUUCAAGACAUUUCUCAACACUAUUGAAUCAACCAAGUUCUUUCCUCCAUCUUCGGUAAGCUUUGUGAUUGUGAAGAUAAGUGCAAUUUGUCCAAUGGAAUUAUUAGAGAGAAUAAGUGAUUUGUUGAGAUGGGAAAAGCAAGACCCAUCAUUUAAACUCCCUUGGAAACAAAACACUUUGCCAAUUUUUUCUGAUUCAAGUCCUUUAUACCACACUCUUAAAAAACCAGACCCAUUAACCUCAAAAGAAGAACAAGAUCUUCAAUUAACCCUUGAAAGAUUAACUAAACUUUGUCAAAGAUGUUUAGAGCUUAAUGUACCCAUAACAGUUGAUGCUGAGGACACCAAAAUUCAACCCGCGAUCGAUUAUUUAACUUAUAAUUCAGCCAUUGAGUACAACAAAUUGGGAGAUAGUACCCCAAUUGUGUAUGGGACACUUCAAGCUUACUUAAAAGAUGCAAAAGAGAGAUUGUUUUUGGCAACUAAAGCAGCUGAGAAGAUGGGUUUACCCUUGGGAUUUAAGCUGGUUAGAGGAGCUUAUAUGUCUAGUGAAAGCAAGUUGGCUAAUUCAUUAGGGUUUGAGUCUCCUAUUCAUGAUACCAUCCAAGAUACACACAAUUGUUACAAUGAUUGUGCUUCUUAUAUGCUUGAUAAGAUUGUUGAUGGGUCCGGUGCCGUGGUCCUUGCUACUCAUAAUGUCGAAUCGGGAAAAUUGGCGGCAACGAAAGCGAGAGAUUUAGGGAUAGGAAAGGAGCAUGAAAGGCUACAAUUUGCUCAAUUAUAUGGAAUGUCCGAGGCACUUUCUUAUGGCCUAAAAAAUGCUGGUUUUCAAGUGAGCAAGUACUUAACUUUUGGGCCAGUGGAAGAGGUCAUUCCUUACCUUUUAAGGAGAGCAGAAGAAAAUAGAGGAAUGUUGUCUUCUUCAAGCCUUGAUAGGCAACUCAUGGGGAUGGAGUUGAAGAGAAGACUGAGGGCUGGUUUUGGACUGUGAAAUAGUGUUAGGAUGUGGAAAUGAUUUUGUUGUGGUUUUAAGCUUGAAAAUUGUUAUUAUUGUAAAUAAAUAAUGUUGUUUGUAACUAUUUUCAUUUCUCAGGAAAUGUAAAUGUUUUUACUCCUUAUGUAUGGAAAUACAACUUCUUUUGUCGUCA